GCACCAUUUACAGACGCGCCGUGAGUUGAGCGCGAUCGCCAAAGGAAUGAAAUGAAUUAUGGCAAUUAAAAAAAGUUUGAGCCAAAAUAAAAGAGUUGAGUAGAAAUUUUGUUUGGCUUAUGUGUGCAUUACAAAUGGCACUCGGAGCAACUGUGCGAACGCAAAUAGCUUGACGGCAGGCGGCGCGACAAUUGCUAUUUACGCGUCGAACGGGUGAGAUUGUCGAGAUCCAAAGCGCGCGCUCGCUUACCUACGCCGAGUUCACUUGGGAGCAAACACCGCAACAACAACAAAGCAAUAAAGUUACUACCUAUAACAAACAGCAUACAGCGAUUCACACAAUGAACAUAGAAAACAGUUAAGAAAUUCCAGCGGAAAGAAAAGCGAAAACUAUAAAUAAUAACAAGUGCCAGCAAGAGAAAAUCAAGAAAAAAAAUCAAAAAAGCGACAACAAACAUUCGAGCAAAACAAGAUCGCUAGCGCAACGCGUCGACAUUUCGAAAUCAUAUUUUGGGUGACAGUGCGUGCGUAGACUCCGCGAGAUCCGAGUGUAGUCUAAUGUACAGUAUAAGUGAAAUCCAAAGACGCAGUUAAAAGUGUAAAAAUAAAUCUUCUUUUUAUUACUAUUUCAUAUCGCUGGCAAACUGAAAGCGCCAAAGUUUUUCGAUAAAAUGGUCGAAUCGGUUAAAGUAACGACUUUUACGCGUACGACCACCGCUGUGCCAGCGUCCGCCGCGGCACCAGCAGCCGCAUCGACACCAGCGACCGCGCCCGUCAAUGCAGCAUCCGCGGCGUCGCCAACAACAGCGACAACAACUGCGGCGGCGGCGGCGGCGACAGCGGCACGGAAUGCGCAACGUCGUGAUGAGACCGCGCGUGGCAUCUACAAUCUGAAGGUGAUCGUUUUCUUGCUGCUGAUGCCACUGAUCCUGUUUGCCGUGUUUCUGAAGCAUUUGCUCGACUACCUGUUUUCGUUGGGCGAGAAGGAGAAGGAUGUGCGCGGCAAAGUGGCUGUGGUGACCGGUGCAGGUAAUGGCCUUGGCCGGGAAAUAGCCAUUGAGCUGGCCCGAAAGGGUUGCAAAUUGGCCAUUGUGGAUGUAAACUCAAAAGGCUGCUACGAAACAGUUGACCUCAUUACCAAAAUACCCAGUGCCGUGGCCAAAGCAUAUAAGACAGAUGUCUCGUCACCGCGUGAGUUACAGUUGAUGGCAGUGAAAGUCGAAAAAGAGUUGGGUCCUGUAGAAAUUUUGGUGAACAAUGCUUCCUUAAUGCCUAUGACAUCCACGCCACAUUUGACCAAUGAUGAAAUUGAGACAAUACUUACGGUCAAUUUGGGUUCAUAUAUUAUGACUGUUAAGGAGUUUCUACCGAAAAUGGUUGCUCGAAAAUCGGGACAUGUGGUGGCCGUGGCAGCUUUGGCAGGUUUGGUGCCGCUGCCCGGUGCUGGCAUUUACACUGCCACGAAAUAUGGCAUUUUGGGCUUUAUGGAAGCGUUGCGCGGCGAAUUGCGCCUCUCCGACUGCGACUACAUACGCACCACCGUGGCAAAUGCCUAUCUAAUGAAGACUAGUGGCGAUUUGCCCUUACUCAGCGAUGCGGGCAUAAUGGCCAGUUAUCCGGGCUUGCCGACACCCUACGUCGCCCAGAAGAUCGUACGCGGCGUCCUCUACAACGAGCGUAUGGUGUACGUGCCGAAAAUAUUCGCGCUCACAGUGUGGCUGCUCAGAUUGUUGCCCACUAAAUGGCAGGAUUACAUGUUGUUGCGCUUCUACCACUUCGAUGUGCGCAGCUCUCAUCUUUUCUACUGGAAAUAAGUACACGGCGAUCCAUGGUCCAGCAGCGCCACACGAGCAAACAAACACACAUACAUACACACAGACACACACAUAUAUACAUGUGUGCCUUCCCACCCAAAACUGUAGCCGCGUGUGUGUUUAAGUUGUAGUCCAGGCUGGUUGCUGGCUUAUAAUGUGUGUUGCAGCUCCACAAGCAGCCCCGCGUCCCUCGAAAUACAAUACUUAUAAGCAGACUGCAAUGCAUACAUAUACAUGUUUGUGUGUAUGUGUGUAUUCACUCGCUGCUCCACUCAGUUGGCGCUUCCGUUUUAUUGCAUUAUCAGCGCUGCUGCACACAGUCAUGCAUUUAGCUGCUUCUUUCACAUUCAUUGUGAAUCCUUAAUUUUAUUAUCACAUUUUGUAUUUUUUUGUCUAAUUGUAUUUUAAUUCUUUUGUGUUUGCGAUGAGCGUUACACUUUUAUAUUGUUAGUGUAAUAAAUGAAUCUUUAGCUUAAGAGUACAAUGUUAGUCAUAUCUACUAAAUAAAUAUAUAUAUUAUACUUAUAUUAUUAACACAUAAACAAA